AACUAACAACACCAGUCCACCACGACUUACGCAUUUACGUUCCCAAUGUUCCCAUGUUACUAAUACAGGCAAAUUGCCUGAGGCAAUACACCAUAUUAUCAUUCUAUAGGCCGUUUUUCAUAUCAACAAUACGUCAUAAUAAAAAACGGACUCGGAAAAAAUUGAUAUCGGUCAAAUUAAAUCAGUGAUUAGUGUUUACCAACAAUCAUACACAGUUGUGAGUUUGUGACGUUUUUUUAAAAUUAUCAUUGUUAUUGUAUUAAGUAAUCACUAAUUCUAGAUUUUAGUUUUAUUUUAUUACCUACGUAAUAAAUUAAAUACGUUUUUAGUAUAUAUUUUCACUCAAUGUAUUAUUGAUAGUAUUUAUCUUUGUAACAACUGACAAAUGUGUAAAAAGACCAAACUACUACAUUAUUGUGGCAUUUAAUUUCCUUGAGGAGUACAAAUUGAUGGAGGUCAAUGUUUAAUCUAAACUUGAAUGUUAUCUAUUGUGUUAUUGAAAUUAUAUCAUUGUUUAAUAUGAUUUCAUCAAAUUUUAAUUCUAAAUAUAUUUUAUACCAAGAUCAAUAUAGAAGCACUUUAUUUGGAUAUCGUACGGGAUGGUACUAGAAUCGAAAGGAGAGCCUAGCACUGAUGGAAUCCAAAAUAGAAUUGGAAUUAAAGGGGUUUCCUAUACAUGUAACGAAGAUCAUAAAAAAGAAUUCGUUCAUAUUGAAAUUGACAUGCCUCCAGCUAAUGGCCAUUUAAAUGAACGUCAAAGGCAGCCAUUGUUGGGCUUAUGUAAACAGGUGACAACAGCUAUUAGUAAUGGUGUCGGUUGGGAACCAAGAAAUGAUUCAAAUACAGACAAUUGUGAGCACCAACGACCUAAUAUGGGUCAUAUACACCAAGCAUUGGUAGACAACAAGCAUCAAUCUGAUAGUGGGACAACACCUAUUGAAGAUGAAAAUGGGUUUAGCCACAAAUAUCUCAACAAUAAUGCCAAUGGAGCAACUGUGCACAUAGAUAUACCAAAUAAUGCUAAUGUAUUAUCAUCAAAUGAUAAAAUUAGGAUCCCACAAGAGAAAUUCAAGACUUUUGUUGCUUUAAUACUGUUGAUUGUGAAUUUUUUAAUCACCACUACAUCUUUGGCUGUUGUUCAUGAAAGAGUGCCUGAUCGUAGUCUGUACAAACCAUUACCGGAUACAUUUUUAGAUGCUGUACCUGCUCGAGACUGGGCAUUAGAUGUAUCAGAAAUAUUUAUCAUUGUCAGCACAAACUUAACAUUGUUAAUUAUUGCCAGUCAUAAGUAUAGGUUUAUUGUACUACGUAGACUGAUGUUCAUGUUGUCUCUUCUAUAUCUCCUUCGCUCCAUCACUAUGUUUGUAACUGUAUUGCCCACUUCUAGUACCACUUAUUAUUGUUCGCCUAAAGCCAACUCAACAAAUCCAGUAUUGAUUGCUAGACGUGUUUUCCAGUUGUUUUCUGGUUUUGGUUUGUCAAUCAAUGGCAAGCACACAUUUUGUGGCGAUUAUAUAUAUAGUGGACAUACCACAAUUUUAGUGAUGAGUUACUUAAUCACCGUUGAAUACUCUCCCAGACGAUGGUAUAUAUUGCAUUGGGCUUCAUGGUUGAUGGCAGCUGUUGGAGUAUUAAUGGUACUCAUAGCACACGGUCACUAUACUAUUGAUGUGAUUAUUGCAUACUUGGUUACUACACGGCUGUUUUGGAUAUACCAUACAUUAGCUAAUAAUGUUUAUCUAAAGCAUAGCAGUUCCAAUAAUUACUUAUCACGAUCAUGGUGGUUUUGGAUGUUCAAAUAUUUUGAAGGAAAUAUCAAUGGUCCAAUACCUCGUCAAUAUGAUUGGCCUUUACCAUGGCCUCGACGUUUCACAGCUGCUAAAUAUCCAAAUCGAGAUAGUUAGCCCAGGUCACGAAUCUCAUCUAUAAAAAAUGUUCCUUGGCUGUAAAAUAAUAACAAAAUAAAAACAAUAUCACAUAAACUAAUUAACAUUUCCAUACUCACAACUAUUCCUACUUCUUUGACAUACAUACAUACAUACAUACAUAAUAUAUAUAUAUAUAUAUAUAUAUAUAUGUUUAUAUUUGAUCUUUAAAAUGUAUUAUAUGUAUAUAUUUAUAUUGUUACAUGCCAACUGUUUGCUCAAACAAAUUCAAAAUUUAUAUAUACUAACAAAAACAAACAAAAAAUGUUAUGCUUAAAAUUAUUAAAAUGACAAAACCUGAAAAUCGUUGGAAAUUUUUUAAAAGUAAUAAAAUAAAAAUAUUUAAAAAAAAUCUUAAAAUUUAUCAAAUCUAUGUUACUUUAAUAAUAAUAAUUGUUUUAAGUUUUAUUAGAAAUAAAACUGGAAUUUAUAGUUUUUAGAAACAUAUUCUGGGAAUUUGAUAAUAAAAGUUUUAUUAUUUUAAAGUAAUUAAUUCUUUUUAAAUACAAUUUUAAAUUCAUACUUUAAUAUAUUUUUAGAUAAUACCAGUAAUUAUAUAUUAAUUUAUUAAUAAUUUAAAAGUGUGUAACAAUAUAUGUAUAUAUAUUAUAAACAUUGUGUUAAAAAUGUAUUUGUGUAAAAAGAAUUUAGUGGAACACCCACUCAUAUACUUAAAAUAUUUAUCUACAUAUAAAUAUAUAUAAAUAUAUAUGUGUGUAUAUGUAUAAUAUAACAAUCAAAGUAAGUAUUUACUCCUUUCAAUUUACAUUUUAAAAUUAAUAUGUAUAUUUUUUGCCAAUUUUUCUUACUCCAUCUUUCUCCUUACAGUAUUAAACAUUUUUUUAAACUAAAUUUAAUACCUAAAGUCAUCAGUAUUUUUAAUCAGUAAUCCAUAAUCAUUCUUCAAUAUGCAUUCAUGAAUUUACUUAUAAAUAUUUACAUAUAAACAUAAUUAUUUAUUGAAAACCCCACUUUUUUUUUUAUUGAUAAAUUGUGGUUUCUUUGUUUUUAAUUUUUAAUGUUUAAAAAUGGUUAUUUUUGUUUUAUUUUUAAUAUUUAAAUUAAGUUAUUUUUUUUACUUUGGUUUAUUUUACAAAACUGUCUGAAAAAGAACAAAUAUGGUUUUUUAAUAAUAAUUUAUGUUAUCAGUGGUGUAUUUUCAAUGAUUUGUGCUAAGGGUCAUAAAGUAUCUUUUAAUCUAUUUUAUUAUUUUACAUUUACAAAACAUGUAACUAUACCAUGACUAAUAUUAUACUUAUUAAUUUAAUAGCUCUUGAUAUAAUAGUUAUUAAUGAAAUUAAAUAUUUAUUAUAUGAGAAUAAAAUUUAUAUAAUAAUAGAAUUUUUAGAUGAAGAGAUUAUAAUACUCUAGGACAAUUCUUGUAAAUAUGCCACUUUAUUAUGUUAUUAUAGUUACUUGUUCUUGUUUUUCUUUGUUGUUAAAACAAUAAUGUUGUAGCAUAGAACAAAAUGAAUUAUUAUUAUUAUUAUUAUUAUUAUUAUUAUAAAAAAAAAUAUUUAUGUUAACUUAAUAUUUAAUUAUUAUUAUCUAGUCUUUGUUAAUUCUAAAACAAUUUUUUAUCAAGAUCAGAUCUCUUGUGUUUAAGAGGGUGAGUUUGACUAUUUCUUCUCCGUGUAAAUCUACCAAAUAUUUUGGUAAGAUCUGCUCUUGAAACGAUGCAAUAUAAUUACUUGAUUUACUAUGUAUAAUUAUUGUAUAAAUCUAAUCAAGUUUUUUUUUUUUAGUUAAUUUUUUACUGUUUUAAAUUUCACUUGACUUCUUAAUCAAUGUUUAAAGAGUUAAGUGAUGUAUUCCCUAAAAUGUUAGUGAGGUGAAACAUUUGCAUUUAAAUUGUAAUUCUAUAUGUUUUUAUAAUCAAAUAGUACAGUUUAUUUUCGAUGAAUUAUCAAUUGAGGUCCGUCCUUAUAAAAAGUAUUGAUAUCAGUGGUUAAUAUUAACAAUGUAAUGAAUAAAUAAUGACUAUAUAAUUAUUAUUUAAUUCUUGUUGAAAACUGUUGUAUACAUUCCUAGAAGUCAUUAUGGACUGGAAAUGGCAAAAGAGUAAUAUUUUUCAUUCCGUUCAGAAUAUACAGUUUUAUCAAAUAAAUACCAGUCAUUUACUCCAUUUAUGUACAAAAAUUGUGCUAAAUGGUGUUAUAUUGCUUACAAGCAGCUUUUUUCGUGCUUCUUUAGAUUGUCUGUGAUAGUCUUUGUGUGUUGCACUGACUAGCUAGGAAAUAAUGUUGUUACCUACCUGGAGUUUUUAUUUUUUCUAUAAAUCCAGAUAUUGUUUCGAAGUUAUGUGUUUUUUUUUCUUAAUAAUAAUGACAAUUAAAUAAAUUGUCCGUUUCUGUGAUUUAAUGAAAAAAAAAAAUAAUAAUAGUUGUAAAAAAAAAGAAGAAAAUAAUCAAAUAAUUUUGUUUUAGAAUGUUAAGAAAAUUUUAGUCCUUUUAAUGUUCUGAUAAUUUUUCAUUGUUAUUUGUAAGGGACUAUUUUUAAAUGUACAAUUAUAAUUUUCUAUCAGUAUUUUGAAUAUUAAUAAAAUUAAAUUUGUAGUGUUUUUGCUUA